CUUCUUCCCCGUAAAAAAGCUUUAUUCUGUGAGGCCUAUAUAUAUAGUGUAUAUAUAGUUUCCACUCUCUCUCUCUCUCUCUCUCUCUCUCUCUCUAUAUAUAUAUAUGGCGGGUGAAGAAAAGUACUUCACGAUCAAAGGGACCUUGGUCAUCAUCAACCUUAACGUCACUGCAGAUUCUCAGUCCUUCACUAUUGAGUUGAUCAGUAGUGGUUCCAACCCAAUACUUUCUGAGAGUGGAAUGUUGAAAGUAGAAAAUUCUGCAUCUUCUGAAGGUAUUAAACAAGAAGAUGGAGCUUCAACUUAUAUUGUUUAUUUCAAUUGGAGACACGAGAUGGGAAUUCCAGGAGCCUUUAUUAUGAGGAACCUUCACCCCACUGAUCAGUUCUUCCUUGUGAGUUUCACCAUUGAAAUCCCAAAUCAUUCUGCUCCAAUAGACUUUGUUUGCAGAUCUUGGGUUUACCCUGAUACCAAAUAUAAAAGCCCUCGCAUUUUCUUCGUCAACAAGCCAUUUCUGCCAAGUGAGACACCAGAGGGAUUGCUCCCUUAUAGAAAACAGGAGCUGGAAGCAAUAAGAGGAGACGGAACUGGAGAAAGAAAGGAAUGGGAUAGAAUAUAUGAUUAUGCUACGUACAAUGAUUUGGGUAAUAUUGAUAAAAGUGAGGAUCUUGCUCGUCCAGUUCUUGGAGGAUCCACUCAAUAUCCCUACCCUCGUAGGGUUAGAACUGGAAGGCCCCCAUCAAAUAAAGAUCCUAACAGUGAGAGCAGACUUGGUGACGAUCAAGCAUUUACGAUCUAUGUUCCAAGAGAUGAUCGAUUUGGAAACCAGAAGCUGUUUGAGUUUGUGCAAUAUUUUCCCAAAUCUUCAAUGAACCUUGUGAAGUCAUAUCUCUUAAAGGAAUUGGAAUCUAAGGAGAAAGAGUUUGGGAGCUUUAAGAGUGUUUUUGAAGUGCUCUAUGAAAAUGGCUUCACAUUUAAUGUGCCCAAACUGUUGCUUGACACUAUUGCUCAAAGACUCCCAAUUCCAGAGCCACCAGCUGAUGGCAACCUCUUAUUAAAAUUUCCAAUUCCUACUGUCAUUCAAGAUAAUUUAGAUGGGUGGAUGACUGAUGAAGAAUUUACACGAGAAAUGCUUGCGGGUGUGAAUCCAGGUUUAAUCCGCCUUCUCGAGGUGUUCCCCAUAGAAUGCACACUAGAUCGUAACAUUUAUGGUGAUCAUUCCAGUAUGAUAACACGUGAACACCUGGAGAAAAAUAUGCAAGGAUGCACAAUAGAAGAGGCACUUAAUUGCAAGAGAUUUUUCAUAUUGGAUCACUAUGAUGCAUUCAUGCCAUAUCUGAGGAAGAUAAAUGAGAGUUCCACCAGAAAGGCUUAUGCAAGCAGGACAGUCCUUUUCCUCCAAAACGAUGGCACUUUGAAGCCACUGGCUAUUGAGCUGAGUUUGCCUCACCCUGAUGGAGAUCAAUUUGGUGCUGUGAGUAAAGUGUACUUGCCUGAAUCCGAAGGUGUUGAGGCCGCCCUUUGGCAAUUGGCUAAAGCUUAUGUUGUUGUAAAUGACUCAGGCUAUCAUCAACUUGUUAGUCACUGGCUAAAUACUCAUGCUGUGAUGGAGCCAUUUGUUAUAGCUACACAUCGAUGUCUCAGUGCACUUCACCCAAUUCACAAACUUGUUCACCCUCAUUUCCAUGACACCUUGUUUAUCAAUGCACUUGCUCGCCAAAACUUAAUCUCUGCUGAUGGAACCAUAGAGACCGCAUUCUUGCCCGCAAAAUAUUCCAUGGAGAUGUCCUCCGUGGUCUACGAGAAUUGGAACUUUCUUGAGCAAGCAUUGCCUGCUGAUCUCAUCAAGAGAGGAAUGGCAACUGAGGAUAAAGAUUCACCUCAUGGGCUUUGCCUGGUGAUAAAGGACUACCCUUAUGCUGCUGAUGGACUAGACAUAUGGGAUGCUAUUAACAAAUGGGUUUGUGACUAUGUCUUCUUAUAUUAUAAUACAGAUCAUGCUAUAAAGCAUGACACUGAGCUUCAAGCUUGGUGGAAAGAGGUAGUCCAAGUGGGUCAUGCUGACUUAAAGGAUAAGCCAUGGUGGCCUAAGAUGGAGACACGUGAAGAGCUUAUUGAAUCUUGCACCAUUAUCAUAUGGAUAGCUUCAGCUCUUCAUGCAGCUGUGAACUUUGGACAAUUUCCUUAUGGAGGUUAUAUCCUAAAUCGACCAACUCUUAGCAGAAGAUUGAUACCUGAAAAGGGAACUGCAGAAUAUGAAGAGCUUAAGAAGAACCCAGAACAGAGUUUCUUGAAAACAAUCACACCAAAGUUUGAGACUCUUCUUGAUCUCUCAAUCAUAGAGAUUUUGUCUGGGCAUACUAGUGAUGAAGUCUAUUUGGGAACGACGAGUAAUCCUACUUGGACAUCUGACGAAAUGGCCUUGGAGUCUUUUAAUGCAUUUGGAAAGAAGCUGAAAGAGAUAGAGGAAACAAUUGAAAAGAGAAACAAAGAUCCUGAAUUGUUGAACCGGGUUGGGCCGGUGAACGUGCCAUACACUCUUCUUUAUCCUUCCAGUGAACCGGGGAUGACAGGCAAGGGAAUUCCCAACAGUAUCUCCAUAUGAUAUGAGAAAUUUGCUUGUGGGAUUUUCAAUUUCUGUGAGAAUUGUUGGAGCUAUUGUUAAAUUAUUAUCACGUUCUUGUUUGCAAAAAAAAUAAGAGGAGUCCUUUAUGCUAGGCUCCAGUAGUUAUUGUUUUUCUCAUGAUGAAUAAGACAAUCAGGUCGUUGGACUUGUGAACCAAAUAUUUCAAUUCCAAUAUCAAUUAGUUCA